CCUCUCCGUGCACGGAAAGACAGAGAGAGGGAAAGAGAACUACGUGGAAGGUUCCAGAAAUUUCCACGCCUUCUCCCUCCCUCCCCUUCCGGCUCCUCUGGUCGCCAUUCUGCUCGUUUGGCUUUCCGCACGAAGAUGUCUGGAAUUGUCUCCUGGAAGAACAUCUGUGGAAUAUUCCUUUUUUCCCGCAUUAUUCCCGCCUUCAUUGCAGGAAAUGUCGCCAUCGUGGAACAAACCUACACGUGUCAAGAUUCAGUCGUGAAAACUGUAGCGAUAAACGCGACUUUAAAACAUUGUGAAGGCUUUUCUCGUGUGUCUAUUAAUGAAACAGUAUAUUGCUCUCUAAGAGAUUGUUUUGGACCAAUAAAAAACGUGACUUAUGGACAAAGUUUAGUGGUUGAAGGUUGCCACCACAUUACAUAUAUUUGCUAUUCGGGCGACAUUGAAGAAAGGCAUAUUUUAACACCUAUUCCAACAGAAAGAAAUGAUACAGGUCUGUCGACCGGUGUCAUUGUCGCGAUCAUUGUGGCCAUUUCGACUCUUGUGAUCUUUGUCAUUAUUCUAUGGAGGAACUUCCACAGAAUCACUGACUUCUGCCGAAAGAAAUUCCACCCCGUCUCCUCUCCCCAAACCAGGACUCUUCGGAAAAGAAAAAUUCCCACGGAAAAAAUCCCAUGGAUGGCCCUUGCAAUGAUCAUUCCAGACCGUCAGAAGAUGAAAUUUGUUUCAAGUGGCGAUGGAGAGAUACAGGAAACUCUCGAAAACUCAGAUGAAGAUAUUAUAUUAAUUGAAUGAUAGAGCACGGAAACAGGCCCUUCAGCCCAACUUGUCCACACCGAUCAACAUGCCCCAUCUACACUAGUCCCACCUGCUGCCCGCGUGCGUUUGGCCCAUAUCCCUCCAAACCUGUCCUAUCCAUGUACCUGUCCAAGUGUUGCGAUAGUUCCAGCCUCAACUACCUCCUCCGGCAGCUCGUUCCAUACACCCACCACCCACUGUGUGGAAAAGUUGCCCCUCAGAUUCCUAUUCAAUUUUUUCCCACCCCCGCGUCUCUCACUUUAAACCCAUAUCCUCUGGUCAUCGAUUCCCCCACUCUGGGCAAGAGACUCUGCGCAUCUGUCUACCCGAUCUAUUCCCCUCGUGAUUUCGUACACCUCCAGUGAAGAAAGCGAAUGGCAUGUUGGCCUUCAUAACAAGAGGUUGAGUAUAGGAGCAAAGAGGUCCUUCUGCAGUUGUACAGGGCCCUAGUGAGACCACACCUAAGUAUAAGUACAUAUGUAUAAGUAGCCUUUAUUGCCAUUCAGCCCUUUCGGUCUGAACGAAAUUUUGUCCCUUGCUGUCAUAACAUAGAAUAAAAUAACAAAACACACAAUAAACACAGUUUAACAUCCACCACAGUGAGUUCACCAGGCACCUCCUCACUGUGAUGGAGGCAAAAGUCUUUGUCUCUUCCCUCCUUGUUCUACCUCUGCGCUGAGGCGAUCCAAUCUUCCGAUGUUGUGACCACGCCGGGCGAUGGUAAGUAAGUCCCGCGGCUGAAUCCGAGCUCCGUGAACGGGUCGGUUCAACUCCGCGGCCCGGGGCGGUCGAAGCUGCCGCCCUCCAGUCCAGCGGACGCAGCUGUUGUUGCGGGAGCUCCGGAGAAACAGGUCACCAACCUGGGACCCGCGAGCUCCCGACGAUGUCGUCUGCCGGAACGCCACCACAGCCACGAAGUCGGCCAGCCUCGCGUUGGUAAGUCCUGGCUGGCUUUGCUUCCGGAGGCUCGAGGUCGGUCCCAGUUGGAGGCCGCCAACUUCGCCAUUAGGCCUCGCCCCGAAGGAUGAAAUUUAACCAAAACAGGCCAAAAGAAAACAACAACAAAAAGAAAAAACAGACAGACUGCAGACGAAGCCGCAGCUGCUAGGGCAGCACCGCCACUUCUGGAUCUCCAGUGAAGAAAGUAUGUGCAGUCUUGGUCUCCAAAUUUGAGGAAGGAGAUUCUUGCUAUUGAAGGAGUGCAGCGUAGGUUUACAAGGUUAAUUCCCAGGAUGGCGGGACUGUCAUAUGCUGAGACAAUGGAGCAGCUGGGCUUGUACACUUUGGAGUCUAGAAGGAUGAGAGGAUAUCUUAUUGAAAUCUCUGAGGAUAUGACAUGGUCAUCACACGCCUCAGCACUGGUGAGUAAGGCAAGGCAGCGCCUUUACCACCUCAGGCAAUUGAGGAAAUUCAGAGUAUCUCCAAGGAUCCUCCAGUGCUUCUACGCAGCGGCGGUGGAAAGCAUCUUGUCCGGGAACAUUACCAUCUGGUUUGGGAAUUGCUCUGCCAAGGACAAGAAGGCUCUGCAGAGAGUAGUGCGUUCGGCCGAACGCACUAUGGGAACUUCACUCACCCCCCUGCAGGAACUAUACAACAGGAGGUGCAACUCCAGAGCAAACAAAAUCAUGAGAGACCUCAUCCACCCCUGCAACGGACUGUUCCAGCCGCUACGGUCAGGCAAGCGCCUCCGUUGCCAUGCAGUGAGAACGGAGAGGUUGAGAAGGAGUUUCUUCCCAGAGGCAAUUCGGACUGUAAACGCCUUUCUCACCAGGGACUAACUCUACAGAAUGUUUUUCCUUCUAUUAUUUAUUAGAAGGAAUCUAAUAAGUAAGCAUGGUGCGCUGACAACAACCUGGCCCUUAACUCCAAGAAGACCAAGGAGUUAAUUGUAGACUUCAUUGUAGACUUCAGGAAGUCCAGAGGCGGCACGCACACCCCCAUCCACAUUAACGGGACGGAGGUGGAACGUGUUUCUAGCUUCAGGUUCCUGGGAGUCAACAUCUCCGAUGACCUCUCUCGGACCCACAAUACCUCUACUAUGAUCAAGAAGGCUCAUCAGCGUCUCUUCUUCCUGAGGAGACUGAAGAAGGUCCAUCUGUCUCCUCAGAUCCUGGUGAACUUCUACCGCUGCACCAUCGAGAGCAUCCUUACCAACUGCAUCACAGUAUGGUAUGGCAACUGCUCUGUCUCCGACCGGAAGGCAUUGCAGAGGGUGGUGAAAAUUGUCCAACGCAUCACCGGUUCCACGCUCCCCUCCAUUGAGUCUGUCCAAAGCAAGCGUUGUCUGCGGAGGGCGCUCAGCAUCGCCAAGGACUGCUCUCACCCCAUUAUUUAUUCAAAUCGUUUGCUAUGUCGCUCUUCAAGGGAGAUGCUAAAUGCAUUUUGUUGUCUCUGUACUGUACACUGACAAUGACAAUUAAAAUUGAAUCUGAAUCUGAAUCUGAAUCUGAAUUAUGUAAAAGAAUAUGUGUGGUAUGAUUGUGUUUAUAAUUUGUUUGGUUGUUUUGUUGUUUGUCUUUUACACAAAAGUCCGCGAGCAUUGCCACUUUCAUUUCACUGCACAUCUCGUAUGUGUAUGUGACAAAUAAACUUGACUUGACUUGACUUGAAACAUAUAAGAUUAUUAAGGGUUUGGACUUGCUAGAGGCAGGAAACACGUUCUCGAUGUUUUGGAAGUCCAGAACCAGGGGCCGCACAAAGUCUAGGAAUAAGGGGUAAGCCAUUUAGGACUGAGAUGAGGAGAAACUUUUCCACACAGAGAGUUGUGAAUCUGUGGAAUUCUCUGCCUCAGAUGGAGGUGGAGGCCGGUUCUCUGGAUGCUUUCAAGAGAGAGUUCGAUAGAGCUUGAUGAGGCUGAAUUAAGUUAAAAAUAUAAAAAGAUAUUAAAUUGGUUCCUGGGCUAGCCUACAGCUUAUAUCUAGUCUCAAGUUAGUCUUUUCUUCAGUAGAUUAAUGCGGAAAGCCAAGUUUAGGUUUGCCUCAGGUUGCUGUGUAUUGAGAUAAUGAAUAACUAUGACAUGUUUCUACCAAGUGAUGAGAGAGGAAGCAGAGAAGAAACUAGAUUGAUCUCACUAAGGGAUAUUGACAAAUGGCCGAUGUCUUUAAUAUGUAAGAUAUCUUGUACCAUGUCUUUGAUGUGAUGCAUUCUGUAGAAACCUUUAUUUCCUGUACCUCUGACCAUGACUAAUGUUUGUGGAAUGUGCUAUUUUAUUGCCACUAUUAAUAAGGAAAUAUGUGCACAUUUUAAUAUCCGACAGCAAUUUCACUGUGUACACCACCCACAGGCAUCUGGGAUGGUGGAAAGGGCCAAUGGGGUAUUAAAAAACAAAAUUAUGAAGGAACCUUAGGUUUACACGCAUUAAAUGAUGAAAUAAUGACCUAUGUUCAACCACUCAUCCAUAUUCUGUCAGCAUUGUAUUUACAGGUAAAGGCGUCCCAGAGGCCGCUACCUGAUGCUGACCAGAGUGAAAUAGUCCAACCAGGGGACUACGUACUUAUGAGAAAUUGGAACCGCAAGAAACUUGGCCCCUGGUGGAACGGACCAUACCAGGUGCUGCUGACUACACCAACAGCAGUGAAGGUUGAAAACCAUCCACAUUGGAUACAUCUCUCCGACUGCAAAAAGAUUGGACACAAGGACGGCACGACUGAUGUUCGCUCUACAGACGAUCCUAGCCAUGGCCGGGGUGACAUGGACUAAUACCUAUCUGGCUACGAGCCAUGAGUUUGCUGUACGGGCACAUGGGACUGAAUGUUGGGUAUGCACCGGUGUUCGGACUAGCAGUAAUGAAGGAAUUCCCCUGGUCCCCAUUCCACUAAACCUUACGGAGAGACUAGCGAUGAGGUGUUUCUGUAACUCCGCUAAAAAACCGUCCUGUCUAAAAAAAUCAUACGGAUAACAAAUAGCAAAAACGAAACAAUAACCAUCACCUACGGAGGCCAGAAAUACAAUCACUUUGAAGGAUGGUACACCCCUCCCUUCAAAGGAGAUUGGAAAUUGAACGUGACAAAUGUCGCAGAUAUACCCCGACUACCAGAUAGUAAAAGAUCCGCACAGGCCAGUUAAUGCUACCUGUUUUUGCCACCACCAAGGCACAGGUGUAUUCUUGGGAAACAGUACUUGUAUGUCAACUCAGGCAGCCACCAUUAUCGGCCCACCCCGACCAGUUAAUGGCACAUAUUUUGUAUGUGGAUCCUGGCCCUACCCACGGUUACCAGGAAUGCCGCCAGCAGACGGGGCAACUUGGGAACGACUAAAAGGACCCCAUCACUGCACAGGGUGUUGUUAGUUGCAUAUGUACCAGACUGAUUCCUGGGAUGUCAGGACUGUCUUAUGAAGAAAGACUGGAUAGACUUUGUUUAUACUCUCUAGAAUUUAGAAGAUUGAGAGGGGAUCUUAUAGAAACUUACAAAAUUCUUAAGGGGUUGGACAGGCUAGAUGCAGGAAGAUUAUUCCCGAUGUUGGGGAAGUCCAGGACAAGGGGUCACAGCUUAAGGAUAAAGGGGGAAUCCUUUAAAACCGAGAUGAGAAGAAAAAGGAGGGGACAUGUGCAAUAAUAGGUGGAGAAUGUUGCACUUUUAUUCCCAAUGUUUCCUCCAACAUUACCAACUUGGCUGCCCAUAUCAGAAUGGAAGGAGCUAAAAUGAGGAAGGCAGGAACUGAAUUCCAUGGUUAGAGCUCUGGGGGAGAUUGGUGGCCAUUUAAUAUGUUUGGAGGGACAUGGGGAACGAUAUUCCACUAUGGAUUGAUUGUAUUACCAGUUGUACUAGUAAUUUGUCCAAUGAGAUGCUUAUGAUCUUUCGUAUGUACUCGGCAAGGACUCUCCAGUUGUUAUCAACAUUCUGAUAAAAGGAAGGAAUGAUGAGGCUGAAUUAAGUUAAAAAUGUAAGAAGAUAUUAAAUUGGUUCCUGGGCCAGACUACAGCUUAUAUCUAGUCUCAAACUAGGCUUUUCUCCAGUAGAUGAAUGCGGAAAGCCAAGUUUAGGUUUCUGUGUAUUGAGAUAAUGAAUAACUAUGACAUGUUUCUACCAAGUGAUGAGAGAGGAAGCAGAGAAGAAGCUCGAUUGAUCUCACUAAGGGAUAUUGACAAAUGGCUGAUGCCGUUGAUAUGUAAAAUGCCUUGCACCAAAUGUCCGAUGUCUGUGAGGGGGGGAAGUGACGAGAGAGGAGACUAGAUUGAUCUAAGGGAUAUUGACAAAUGGCCGAUGUCUUUAAUAUGUAAGAUAUCUUGUACCAGGUGACAAAAUGUCUUUGAUGUGAUGCAUACUGUAGAAACCUUUAUUCUCUGUACCUCUGACCAUGACUAAUGUUUGUGGAAUGUGCUAAAGUGACAAAAAAACCACUGUAUAAUACGAUGUAAUUCUGUUGUUCGAAGAAGUGGAUGAGGACGGUGAAGUGUCUGUAACUGCUCACUUGGCGAGUUCUCCCACCCUUCCAUCGGCCGAUAAUGAGUAACGUUUUGAACUGGUCUACCAAACGUUUGUGAGUUGUCUGUGUAUUAAGAAGUGAACCUGUUUAGUUGUUAUGAAAGAACCAUUUUCAUUGGCGGGUUUUCUUUUGGCAGGCCUCGCUGGGACCCCAUCAACAGCUGACUGUGCAAGAGGUUGCAGAGGUUGCCGGGAUUGGAAGGGAGACAACUGAGCUCUAUCGGUCCCUUUGUAAGACCGACUCCCCUAGAAACUCCCGGGAACAUCUGUGAUCCUUCAUCAGUUGUUGAUCCAGGUUCCCUGCUGAGAUUCUUAAUACAGACAACAAAGGUAAGACCAGUUGGGCUCUGUGGAUGGAUUGUUAAGAAGGAAUUGAGCGGUUCCUCUCUCUUUUUCUAUCUCUCUUUGUUUUCUCUUUCUCUCUCUCUCUCUCUCUCUCUCUCUCUCUCUCUCUCUCUUUCUGUCUAUCUCUCUUUGUUUUCUCUUCUCUCUCUCUCUCUCUCUCUCUCUCUCUCUCUUUCUGUCUAUCUCUCUUUGUUUUCUCUUUCUCUCUCUCUCUCUUUCUGUCUAUCUCUCUUUGUUUUCUCUUUCUCUCUUUCUCUCUAUCUCUCUCUCUUUCUGUCUAUCUCUCUUUGUUUUCUCUCUCUCUCUCUCUCUCUCUCUCUCUCUCUCUCUCUCUCUC